GUCCCAACUUGGCCGGGAAGGAGGAGGAAGGAAGGAAGUUUCUGGCGGAGGAGACAGAGGCUGGAGCCUGUCUGUCCCUGGGAGAGAGCAGCAGCAGCAGCAGCAAGAGAGAGGCAGAGAGAGAGACAGACAGCAAGAACUCACCUUGUGCACAGUCAGGGAAGCAAAGGAGCCUGCAGUCAGGAAGACUAGGAACUCAGGAAGGGAAAAGGAGGGAGAGAAAGGGAACAGGAAGGACUGAACGACAGAGAGAGAGCGAGAGAGACGGGUCACAGAUCAUCGUCACACGCGAUGAGAUCCAAGUGCGGGAUCUGAGCGGUGCCUCGGAGCGGCUGAAAGGAUGACAGAGUCACAGAUUUCAGGCAGGUCCUGCACCCCUCUGUCCGACUCUCUCACAGACCGACGGCCUCUGGCGCCACUCAUGGACUCAGGAAAUAAAUCCCCUUCGGGGCCCGGUGCCCCCAAGCCCAUCGUGAAACCCAAGCCCACCGUCCCCCCCAAGCCCUCUGCCGCGAAGCCUCCCCUUGCCGAAUUGCCGUCGGUGCGCAAGGUGAACUCGUUGGCCGGGCCCAGGCCCUACGGCGCCCCGGGGGCCCGGCCCCACCAGUCCGUCCGCCGCCCCUCCUCCUCCUCCUCCUCGCCCUGCCCCUCCCCCACCUCCCCGCAGCCCCCCCCCGGCCACGGCCCCUCGGCCCCACCCCUGCUGGAGCUGCUGGCGGAGGCCAUGAGGGGCAGCCCCCCGCCCGCCUCGGCCGGGCCCCGGGCGCCGACCCCCGCGGCCGAGCGGCCGGCGCCGCCCCCCACGGCCGAGCGUCCGGCGCCGCCCCCCACGGCCGAGCGGCCGGCCGCCAAGCCGGUCUUCCGUGUCCGUCCGGUGCCGGUGCGCGGGCCGGCCAAACGCUUCCCGGGCACCACGGUGGAGGAGAUCCUGGCCAAGAUGGAGGAGCCGAGGAGGGAGGGCGAGGCAGGAGGCGGAGGAGGAGGAGGAGCGGGAGGAGGAGGAGCGGGAGGAGGGAGGCGGAGGAGCCGCGAGCUCUCCGCCGGGGAGGCCGGCUCCCGCUUCGGCUCAACCUCCUUCGCCUUCUUCCACCGGGAGCCGGCCGGAGGGGUCUUCGCCGGCACGGUGAAGGAGGGGAAAGAGAACCGACCCUCCUCGCUGCCUUGCUCACCCUCGGCCGACGACACCUCGGAGGCGCUAAACACUGAGGUGGGGCCGGAGCCCAGCGCGGAGGAUGCGCCAGCCGGACACCGGACUCACGAACCACGGCAGGAGCAAGAAUCCCCGGCAAAUGAGCACUUCACUGCUGAUGGCGAGCAGACUCCUCUGGAGACCCAGCACCAGGUCCUGGGAAACCAGGAAAUGGAGACGAUUUCCACCACGGUAAACUCAACCCCCCAACCCCAAGGCCAGUCCGAGGAACGGGCCGGAGGGAGGAGCUCACUGGGGUCAGAGGUUGGCGAGAGAAGGUCCAUGGAGGAACGGCAGGGGCCCAGGCCCCUCCUCCACCUGGCACCGCCCACCGCAGAGUCCGAUCCCAUUGCCAGUGAUGAUCUCGCUGGUUCGAUGCCGCCUGUUCCACCCUCGUCGCCCCCCGGUUCCGUCCGGACCUCGCCCCCUCCCACCGCUGACCCGAGUCCAAGGCUCUGGGCCCUGUUGGAACGAGCUCGGACCCGGAGUGUGGACGAGGAGCAGGAGGAGGCCCAGCACCUGACAGACCAGGAGCGUCUGGCAGCCCAGUGUCUGGCCGAAGAGGAGCGUCUGGCCGAGGAAAAGCGUCUGGCCGAGGAGGAGCGUCUGGCCGAGGAGGAGCGUCUGGCAGCCCAGUGCCUGGCCGAGAAGGAGCGAAUGGCCGAGGAGGAGCGUCUGGCCAAGGAAAAGCGUCUGGCCAACGAGGCAUGUCUGUUGGAGGAGAAGCGUCUGGUGGAGGAGAAGUGUCUGGCGGAUGAAGAGCGUCUGGCCAAUGAGGCGCGUCUGGCUGAGCAGAAGCGUCUGGCCGAGGAGAAGCGUCUGGCGGAGGAAAAGCGUCUGGCGGAGGAAGAGCGUCUGGCCGAGGUGAAGCGUCUGGCCGAGGAGAAGCGUCUGGCCGAGGAAGAGCGUCUGGCGGAGGAAGAGCGUCUAGCCAAGGUGAAGCGUCUGGCCGAGGUGAAGCGUCUGGCCGAGGAGAAGCGUCUGGCCGAGGAAGAGCGUCUGGCCGAGGUGAAGCGUCUGGCCGAGGAGAAGCGUCUGGCCGAGGAGAAGCGUCUGGCCGAGGAAAAGCGUCUGGCAGAGGAAAAGCGUCUGGCGGAGGAAAAGCGUCUAGCCGAGGAGAAGCGUCUGGCGGAGGAAGAGCGUCUGGCGGAGGAAGAGCGUCUGGUGGAGGUGAAGCAUCUAGCCGAGGAGAAACGUCUAGCCGAGGAGAAGCGUCUGGCGGAGGAAGAGCGUCUGGCGGAGGAAGAGCGUCUGGCGGAGGAAGAGCGUCUGGCGGAGGAGAAGCGCCUGGCCGAGGAGAAGCGUCUGGCCGAGGAAGAGCGUCUGGCAGAGGAAGAGCGUCUGGCCGAGGAGAAGCAUCUGGCGGAGGAAGAGCGUCUGGCGGAGGAAGAGCGUCUGGCGGAGGUGAAGCGUUUAGCCGAGGAGAAGCGUCUGGCGGAGGAGAAGCGUCUGGCGGAGGAAAAGCAUCUAGCCGAGGAGAAGCGUCUGGCGGAGGAAGAGCGUCUGGCGGAGGUGAAGCGUUUAGCCAAGGAGAAGCGUCUGGCGGAGGAGAAGCGUCUGGCGGAGGAAGAGCGUCUGGCGGAGGAAGAGCGUCUGGCGGAGGAAGAGCGUCUGGCCAAUGAGGCGCGUCUGGCGGAGGAACAGCGUCUGGCUGAGGAAGAGCGUCUGGCGGAGGUGAAGCGUCUGGCCGAGGAGACGCGUCUGGCCGAGGAGAAGCGUCUGGCCGAGGAGAAGCGUCUGGCCGAGAAGCGUCUGGCCGAGGAGACGCGUCUGGCCAAGGAGAAGCGUCUGGCCGAGGAAGAGCGUCUGGCCGAGGAAGAGCAUCUGGCGGAAGAAAAGCGUCUGGCUGAGGAAGAGCGUCUGGCGGAGGUGAAGCGUCUGGCCGAGGAGAAGCGUCUGGCCGAGGAGAAGCGUCUGGCCGAGGAGGAGCGUCUGGCCGAGGAGGAGCGUCUGGCCGAGGAAGAGCAUCUGGCCAAUGAGGCGCGUCUGGCCGAGGAGGAGCAUCUGUUCGAGGAAAAGCGUCUGGCGGAAGAAAAGCGUCUGGCCGAGGAAGAAUGUCUGGCCAAUGAGGCAUGUCUGGCGGAGGAAAAGCGUCUGGCCAAGGAGGAGCGUCUGGCCAAGGAGGAGCGUCUGGCCGAGAAAGAGUGCCUGGCCGUGGAAAAGUGUCUGGCCGAGGUGGAGCAUCUGGCCGAGGAGGAGUGUCUGGCCGAGAAGGAGCUUCUGGCCGAGGAGGAGUGUCUGGCCGAGAAGGAGCGUCUGGCAGCCCAGAAUCUGGUAGUCGAACGUCUGACAGACGAGGAGCACUUAACUGUGAAGCGUCUGGCAGCCCAGGAGAGCGAGGAGCCUUCCUGUCUUGAGGCAGACGUCUCGCGGUCGUCAGACUGGGGUCUCUCCGAGUCCUUUGAGUGGUCGACACCCAGAUCCCUGGAUCGAGCCAGGGGAUGGGGCGAAGGGGUCCGAGCAGAGCAGGCUGACCGCUCGCCCUCUGCACCCACCGCGGCCCGGCCAGGGGUGGGGCUGCACGGGGAGACGGGGUGUCUCCGAGACGGGGAGGCGGAGGCCUCCGGGGACCGGGAGACGGGGAAGCCGGCGGCCGAGCCCCCCGCGUUGGAGCAGCCGGUGGUGGACGACGGGAUUCGCGGCAAGACGGUCAGCGAGGAGGGAGAGACGGCCAGCUGGCGGAGCGAGGGAUCGAUGGAUUCACAGCCAGACGAUCGCGGGGCGAGAGAAGCGGGCACCCAGUCCGAUCCCAUCGAAUCGAUUGAGGGGAGCCUGUCUGAGCAGCACGGUUACAGGAAUGCAGACGAUUGGCAGGGAGCAGAUGGAGAAGAGCUAGGCCAAAAGACUGCCAGGGUCAGCCCCAGUGACCUCUUGCUCCGCAGCACACAGCGUCAUUCAAGCGAGAGAGCAGAACUGAGCAUGACCAAUGGAAUUCUGGACUCCUGUCCAAGUGCCCAGUCUGAGACCCCGGAAUUGCUGGUUCCCUCGGCCUCUGACCCGGAGGUGGGCGGGGUCACAGGUGACCCCAACGAAACAGACGGUGGAGGGCUGCCCGCUCUCAAGGAGACUGGCGGAACUAAGGGGACUGAGAUACAGGAAGAUCCCGAAGCAGCCCGAACGGAAGAUGGACCAGACAGACCGUCCGAGGAGACCACAGAGCCUGAGAGUAUUGACUUCUCCUUCCUCGAGGAUGCCUCGACGUUGGACAGCACUGCCCAUCGGACCCGCGUCGAACUGAAUCGAAAACGAAUUCACCGCCCGCCCAUCACACAAUCCCGGGAUCGGAGUGAGAAUCAGGCUGGAGAGAGUGGCGAAUCCUGGAUGUUCAGAGAUUCCACAGAGCCCAGACUGAGCCCAGCUCAAAACUCGGACGAGGAACAGGAAACUACAAAGUCUCCAAGAAUGGAGGCAGCGAAUCCAAAGGGAGCGUCCUCCAGCCGGAGGGUUCAACUCUUCCCUGGGAUGGACUCAUCCUUCAAGAAGCGAAUAAAGUCCCGGAAUAAAUCAGCCAAUGAGAGUGAGGAUCCAGAUGCUGCUGCAGCACCAAUGCAGCGGUCCAAAUCCCUGCGAUUCCCGGCACAACUAGGACACGCCUUCAGGAAGGUGCUGCCGGGAAAAGCAGACAAAACAGAAGGCAGGUCCGAGAAUUCGACGCCGAACUGGCUGCAGGCGUUGAAACCAAAGAAAAAGAAGUGAGCCCGUCCCAGACGAUGCCGUCUUUACUCACAACCGUCCAUCAGAGCGUCAGACGAGCGGUCAGAGAUGGAAGAUUCUUCAGCCAGUUCUGUGCGGGCUUGGGGAACUCACGACAAUCUGAGUGUAACGAGAGUGGAAUCCGGGUUAAUUGCAUUUUUUACCAAUCUAUUCAGUGCCUAGGACUGAAUGAAUUCUAUGCACUUUGUCUAAACAUGUUCGCCAAGGACUUCCUCUUAGUCGCAAUGAUUUAUUUUAUCCAGAAAUGGUUUCUGUGCCUUUUAAAAGCCGUUUUUAAAGAGAAAAAUCAGCCUGCUUUGGGUGGACUGUGCGACUAUAAUCUACUGCUGGGUGGGUUUUCAUCAAUCUCAAAAACCAAAGCACACACUGCUCCAUUUUAUAAUAAAUACUCACUUCACCACUG